UUUCAAAAUCUGGAGAUUACCUCGAGUGAGAUUGGAGCCGUUGUUCUGACAAAUUAGUUUUCCUAUUCUUGUGAAGGCGAUUGCAGAGCUUGUUUCCUUUCUCUCUCUUUUUUUUUUAUCUUUUUUUUUUCUGGUUCAUGGAGAUUGCAGAGUUGCUUCUUUCUUCUUCUUCUACAUAGAGGGAACGACCGUUGCUUCGUCUGUUUCUUUAUGUCCUCAUCUCCUUGAAGUGCCUCUUCUCCAAUCCAUCAAAACAGUACAUGUAGAUUUCUUAGAGGAGACUGCUGCACAGAGGAAGGGAGCGGGUGGGGGACUCCCAGAAGAGCCUGAAGAGGCCACUAGUUUAAGAAAAAGAAAGAGAUGAGGAGGGGAGGAUUCAUUUCUACUUUAUUCCUGGUUCUUCUGCUAUCUGUAGGAGAGGGUAGUUCAGGCCAAACUGCCACCAAAUUUAACAGGAAUGAUUUCCCACCGGACUUCGUCUUUGGAGCUGGAACCUCGGCUUACCAGGUGGAGGGAGCAGCAGCUGAGGAUGGAAGGACUCCAAGCAUUUGGGAUACUUUCACUCAUGCAGGGGGGAUGGCAGACAAGAGCACAGGUGAUGUAGCUUCAGAUGGGUACCACAAAUACAAGGAAGAUGUCAAGCUAAUGACUGACACAGGUCUGGAGGCCUACAGAUUCUCCAUCUCUUGGUCAAGGCUUCUUCCAUAUGGGAGAGGAUAUGUCAAUCCAAAAGGCCUGGAGUUCUACAACAACCUCAUCAACGAGCUGAUAGAAAAUGGAAUUCAGCUGCAUGUUACACUCUACCAUCUUGAUCUUCCCCAAGUACUCGAAGACGAGUACGGAGGAUGGCUGAGCCCCAAGAUCGUGGAUGAUUUCACAGCAUAUGCAGACGUGUGCUUUAGGCAAUUUGGCGAUAGAGUUUCGCAUUGGACUACCAUUGUCGAGCCCGAUGUUAUAGGGAUGGCAUCCUAUGACACCGGAAUAUGGCCACCUAGCCGGUGCUCUUAUCCAUUUGGCAUCAAUUGCAUGGCCGGCAAUUCCACCACAGAGCCAUACAUUGCAGUUCACAACAUUCUACUAGCGCAUGCAUCAGCUGUCACACUAUAUAAGAAUAAAUAUCAAGCUGUGCAAAAGGGAUGGAUAGGCAUAAAUGUCUACUCCUACUGGUGUUACCCAUUUUCAAACUCCACAGCAGAUGUUGAAGCAGCCCAAAGAGCAUUAGACUUCACAGUUGGCUGGAUCUUAAAUCCCCUGGUGGCUGGAGACUAUCCUAAGGUAAUGAAGCAGAAUGCAGGCUCGAGGCUCCCGUCCUUCAACAAACACCAGUCCAAACAAGUAAAGGGUUCUUUUGACUUCAUUGGUCUGAACCACUACCUUUCAGUGUAUGUCAAAGACAACUCUAAUGGUCCGAAGCCAAGUCUCCGUGACUUCAACGCAGAUGUCUUUGCCCUAUUUACAGUUUCUAGGAAUGAAACACCAGCUGGUCAGUUUAUUCCAAGCCACAUUCCAGUUGAUCCAGCUGGGCUACAGUAUAUGUUGGAGUAUAUUAAAGAAGUCUAUGGAAAUCCUCCUAUUUAUAUCCAAGAAAAUGGCUUUGGACUGGGAGUUAAUGACACUUUCAACGAUACUGCAAGGAUCGAUUUCUUGAGUGGUUUCAUGGGAAGCACACUUCAAGCUUUCAGGAAUGGAUCAAACGUGAGAGGAUACUUUGUGUGGGCAUUCUUAGAUGUCUUCGAGUUUUUGGCUGGGUAUAGCGCGCGCUUUGGGCUACAUUAUGUGGACUUUGAGGGGGAGGAGCACAGAAGGCAACCGAGGCUCUCUGCAUUUUGGUACUCUGAGUUCCUGAAGAAGAAAAGCAGCAGGAACAUAAGGAUGACCGGCCUAAAUCCAGCAUCCCAUGCUCAACAAUGAUAUCCUUGUUAUCCUUGUUGUCCAGUAACAGGAGAAACUAAAUGCAGUGUUAUAUAUCGGCAUGUCCUCCUAAAUAGGAUUGCAAGCAAUAUGCAUGCUCGACAUCUCAAACUA